AGUGGCUGUGGAACUCGGAUCAGCAGCAGUCCUGGAGCCGACCCCUAGGAGGUAGGACAAGACUCCGUCGUCUGAGCGCAUCGCUGACCGUGGAGAGGCCAUGCCAGCCCCGCCACACCGGACGCACGUCAUCGCCUAGAACCGCCACAGCCUCACCAGGCCGCCGCAAUGUGGCCUGGGACGCUGCCGCUGGUGGUGUUGUUAACGACCCUGCUACAUCCGUCAAGAUGUACGUCGGGAAAGGUGAACUUCAGGGAGAAGGAGAAGCAGGUCCUGGACACCAUCCUUGGCCCGGGGCGUUACGACGCUCGCAUACGUCCGAGCGGGGAGAAUGGGACGGAUGGCCCGACAAUCGCGUGCGUCAACAUGUUUCUUCGAUCAAUCAGCAAAAUAGACGAUUUGAACAUGGAAUACUCCGUGCAGCUGACUUUUCGAGAACAGUGGCUGGACGAGCGGCUCAAGUUUAAUGACUUCGGAGGUCGACUGAAAUAUCUCACGCUCACGGAGGCCAAUCGAGUAUGGAUGCCGGAUUUGUUUUUCUCCAACGAAAAGGAUGGACAUUUCCACAACAUCAUUAUGCCUAAUGUGUACAUACGAAUUUUUCCCUAUGGCUCAGUUCUCUACAGUAUAAGGAUAUCUCUGACGCUGUCUUGCCCGAUGGACCUGAAACUCUACCCUCUUGAUCGGCAAAUAUGUUCCCUACGAAUGGCGAGCUACGGAUGGACGACGGACGAUCUCGUAUUUCUUUGGAAGGAUGGCGACCCUGUCCAAGUCGUUAAAAAUCUUCACCUACCCAGGUUCACGUUAGAGAAGUUUUUGACCGAUUACUGCAACAGCAAAACGAACACCGGUGAAUACAGCUGCUUGAAGGUGGAUUUGUUGUUCAAACGAGAGUUCAGCUACUACUUGAUACAGAUCUACAUCCCGUGCUGCAUGCUGGUCAUCGUUUCGUGGGUGUCCUUUUGGCUGGACCAGAGUGCCGUACCGGCCCGGGUGUCCCUGGGUGUAACGACGCUGCUGACCAUGGCCACGCAGACUUCUGGAAUAAACGCUUCGCUCCCACCCGUUUCUUACACAAAGGCGAUCGAUGUUUGGACGGGUGUUUGUCUCACGUUCGUCUUCGGUGCUCUGCUAGAGUUUGCUCUCGUUAAUUACGCCUCUCGGAGCGAUAUGCACCGUGAGAAUAUGAAGAAGAAAUUUCGGGAGAUGGAAUCAGCUUCUAUCGAUCCAGGGGCUGAGCCUGAACCCGACGGGGCAACCAAUUUCGCAAUGAAGCCGUUGGUACGUCACGAAGGGGACGCGAUAUCGAUGGAUAAAAUGUUACAGUGCGAAAUACACAUGAAACCGCGGCCAAAAAACUGCUGCAGGUCGUGGCUGUCCAAGUUCCCAACGAGGUCCAAGCGCAUCGACGUCAUAUCCCGGAUCACAUUUCCUCUCGUGUUCGCUCUGUUCAACCUCGCGUACUGGUCAACGUACCUGUUCCGGGAAGAAGCGGAGGGCGAGUGAACCUCGAUGAGGAGAUUAUCGGAUCGCGGGACGUGGCACGCGGCCACCCCCACGCCCAUGUUGCCCAUCACAACCAUCAGCACUCGCCUCAGCAUCACCCCCACCAUCAGCAUCACCAGCAUCAUCACCACCACCACGAGC